CAACGCAGAUACAGAUGUCCGGAUAUGCAAUUCGGACAACACGACCAUUAGGCGGUGCAGGUGUUAUUGCCACUGUGAUGAACGAUGAUCCAUGACUUGUUCUAAAACGACAAGCAACAGAAAACGAGAAUAUCAAGAAACAUCUGCCAGCUACGAGUGAUUCAGGAAUUAUUAUUAUCAACAGUGAACAAAAUAAUGUGAAUAAAGUUUUAAAAAAUUUUUAAAGUGUAACUUGUUUAAAAAAAAAUGUGAUAUAUAUAUAUUUCUAUACAUAUUUCGUAAAUCCAGUGUUCAUAGUUUUUUAUCUGUAAAAAUAUAAUAUACGAAAAUAUAUACACCUAACUCUAAACAACGUAUUCGGAAGAUCAAAAAUGGCUCGGUGAUUUUAGAAUUAUCUACAAUAAAUGAAAUAAAGAAGUGUACAGACGAUAAAGAGAAGAAAGAAGAGAAAUUAUUUAAAAAUGGCAGCUUUUGACAGUUGCUGGUGCUGCAGUCUGCGCGCGGGAACCAUCUUCAUCGGCGUGCUCAGCCUGGUGCUGAGUCUGGGAAGCGGUGCCCUGUGCUGCCUCCUGGUGUCAGUCGACAAGCUGACGGAGGUGAUACAGGCGGCCUACAACACAUACCAUGACCUGCAGAAUCCCAUUAAAGUUUACGGCACAAAUGGUACUGAGACAGGACCCGGGGAGUUAAAUCUGGAAGAUCCUGUGCUAAUGUACAUUGAAUGGGGAGUCAUCGCCACGCUGUUGUUCAUGUUCGUGUGUACAGUUGUGGAUGUACUGCUCAUCGUUGCGGCCAUCAGGGAGGCGCCGUGGAUGAUGGUGCCGUGGAUGGUGGUGCAGUGGGUCACCAUAUUCCUCACAAUCGUCAUCUUCGGUAUAGUGCUCUGG